CUUCAAAUGGCUAAAUUACUUUCGCGCUGACAGAAAUAACACUGUGACCUAAGCAGUUUCAGAUUCCUAUCAGCAGAGUGGAUUAAGACCCGCGCACCUUCUUUCUUCUCUUCACAGUUAUUUUAGCAUGUUCAGUUGCACUUUUCUGGGAGUGAAGGUUUAUUUAUUUGAUGAUAUACUGACGAUAUUGCAAAGGAUGUUGUUGCAUAAUUAUUGCUUCAGCGCUGCAUUUACGCUCCAGACCAGAAUUUCACAAUUUUUCCUAAUAUGCUUUUUGGGUAGGCUAUGGUUUGAGGAUGUAAUGUCUACACUCGCCUGCUUCUGAAGAUGCCUCUGCUAUUUUUCCUAGAUAAACCAAGGCAUAUUAACAUCGAAGUGCAGCAAUAUUCCAUGCAGUAGACAUGCACACAGAACUGUAAGUUAGGCUAUAAGGGGUGGCAGAGUGCGCCUAUUUCCAGCACUUCCAAGUUUCGUGGCGCUUCCCUGUCCAUCUUUGGAGUUAAGAGCAAUUAGAGGAAUGACUCUAAAACUGCCUCCCACCUAAGGCAUCGCGGUUUACUAAUUUAUAGUGGGAUUCUUCGGACCGCUGUGGACACCAGCUGAGAUUCCAACUUUCUACUAUGCGAAUGAAAUGUACUAGGUUUUUGGUCGCAGGGCUGUUUCAAUUUCUCUCAUUCCACCUACAAAUGAAAUGAAAGCGCGAGAAGAAUGUGUCAGAAUCCCUUUUUGGAAACAGGUAGAGACAGAGAUUUCGCUUUCGAGUCGAGAAGACUGGAUUAACUUCCUGAAAUAUACGAGUGUUAUAGCCUACGUCCCAUGCUUGUUUCCUUGACACGAGGGCUGUGAGAGCUAAAGAGGAAUGCUGGUCCAAGAAAUAUUGCCGCUUAUUUUAGUUUUUUGGCAUGUCGUUUUUGGGCACUGCUUUCUAACAUCAAUUGUACUUUUAUACCAGUUCACUCAGGGGGAGCCCCAGAAGUCAUGUGCACGGAACGUGGAAGAGAGGACGGGUGCCAAGUGUCAGCAGGCAUGCCAAUGUAAUCCCUACCCUCCCCUGCCACCACCGCCUCCGCCUCCUCCACCCCCCCGACUUCUGGUCUUCACUGUGGCUCCCUCCACAGUACCACCCAUUAAGCCUUGGUGGAGGGAGAUAGUGGUGUUGGGGACGGUGGGCUGUGUCUCCGUUGCCUUCCUCCUGCUAACAGUCAUCAUCUGCUAUAAGGCAAUAAAGAGAAAACCCCCCCGGAAGGAGGAGAAUGGAACAAACCAAGGGGUGUACACCAUGAGAAUGCGCGGCAAGAAGACACUGGAUACCAAAAACCCAGGGGUGUAGGAAGUACCCAGAUACAAGGAUCAUGGUAACUCCAGCCCACUACAAAUAACAAGCAGCCCUCCUUGUUAUUGAGAAUGCAAGCGGGUCGGUAGGAGGAAGAGUGUGAACUUGCAGCAUAACAGCAAAUCAUACUUCUAUUGUCUAUUGUGGGAAUGUAUAAAAGAGAAGAGCAUUGUUGAGUCCAGAUUCGGAGCUUGACGGCUGGCUCCUUGGCAUGCAGGGCUUGAGGACUCAGCACUGGAAGCCGUCACAACAUGGCUUGUCUAGUGAUGACUAGACACCUGGCGGGAACUCACAAACAGUUCGCUGACCGAAUCAAUCAGUCCAUAUAUUAUCUGUCUGACCCCCAUCGGGACAGGGGAAACAUGGAAUACAGAGCAUAAAAAUCUGCAUGAACUUUCUGCUGAAUGCAAUUAGUUACUGUCUGCACACAGCCCAUACCCCGACUGUCAUUGUCUUGUUUCCUCCUUACCACUUCCCCUCCUAGCUCUGAAUGGUUAUUUGAUGACUUAGGUCCAGUCCAUACUAAUGCGUUCAUGGCGCUAUAAUGUCACAACGUGUUAUAAUGGCGCUAUAACACGUUGUUAUCACUGUGACCGGCUAUGUUGCACACAAGAACAGCAUGCCUACCAAGUGAGGAAUAUUUGAAGCAGUGACGUUUUAGUAAAUUGUUCUUGCACAGAAAUAAGAACCUGUCAAUCUUGAGUUCACAAUCUAUAUAAUCCUAAAACCAUGUUGGAAAGUAGUAAAGUCGCCUCCCUAACAUUGAACCUGAAAUGCGAUGUUUCAAUGUUCACGCAGUAUUUUUACAUUGUGAUAUAGUGUCCUCCCUUACCUAGUGUUGCAGAGACUUUGGAAGACUAAACAAAUCCUUCCCUGAUGAGAAUCACUAAGUCGGUAGAAUAAAAGCUUCUAGUUGACAUCUAUAAUUACUUUUAGCACUUUUCACCGCUUUUCUCAGAAAAAAGCUUUUUAGGCACAGGAACUUUAAAGACGUGAAUGAUUUCCCCUGAAAGAUUUCAAAAUAUCAGUUUUACAGGUUUUUUGGAAAUGAAUGGCUAUGAAAACGACCCAACAUGUUUCUGUGAGGCUGAAAUAUUAUCAGCUUAGGCCACCCAAGUGACACAGCGGUCUAAUGGUCUAAUAUAUUAAAGAAUUUAAAAAAGGUUCUGCCCACUUUUUUUUCACUAAAUCAAAUAUUUUCUCAUAGUCCUUUACUGCAAAGCAUAAUUUAAGUAGUACCAUCAACAUUUCUGUCUCUAACAAUCAAAUCUUUCCUAACUGGUUGUGUGAGAGUUGUGUGAGAGAUUUCCAAACUGGUUGAGCAGCGUUCAUUUGUUUCCCACGGUUUCAAUUGAUGGGUGCUGCACUAGUGCGUUUGUUAAAGUAAAACCAUAAGUGUUUUUGGUCAGUCCCUCCAAUAAGGUGUUGAGUCGGUGAUAGAGUCUCAGCUCAAACUUAUUGAGGCUUUGCUCUUCACUGCACUGAAUAGAAGGCCUCAAACCUUUGGUAACAAGAAUUUCUGUUCAGCAUCAAAUUCAUUGUCCUCUUGGGUAUAUCACUCCUGGUGUUGUUGUCACAGUAAGGAUGUUCCUUACAACUGUGUAAGCGACUAUGUAAGCAAUAUUAUGUUUUUUCUGCUGUCACUGAGUAUAGCCCCAUCCAGAACAAACCAAAGAGGGCUUUCGUGUCAGUUUGGCAUUCUGGAUGUUUCUAUAUUUGGUAUCAUGUAUCUAUGAAAAACACUUUCCAUCUAUUGGCCACAAGAUUCACCUCUGUAUUUUUGCUUGGGUCAUUCAUCUCCUGUCUUUUGUCUGUUUCAGUUUGUUUGAUUUUUGAAUGCACUAAAUGACACUCAAGGAGACACUGCCCGACACUGUCUUAGGUUUCAUCCAAAUCUGGUGUUACCAUGGAUCUGUCUAGAACUACUGGGUUUCCCUCUAGGGUGCCCAAAGUUUCUGUGAUAUACUGUAAGUUGUGAUAUUUCCUAAUAUGUCACAUUGUUGGCCUAUGCCGUGGAACCUGCAGAGCACCCCCUUUUUUCAAAUGUUGGUGUGUCCUUAUUUUCUCCAUUCGGCUUCCCCAUAGACUAAAAUAAUCCCCAUUAAACCUCAUGACAAAAGGGUUAUUUUCACAUUUCACUAUUCAUUUAUCCCAUGAAGAAUUGUAAAAUUGCUUCAAAUAGUCUGUCUUUUGUUUAGGUUUACCCUGACUGUGUUUUGAAAACCAUGUAAAUCUCCCCAGAGAUUUUUUACUGUCCCUAGGAUGAAGACGUAUUUGGUUACUCUAACCAAAAAUAUGCUUAUAUUUACCCAAUACUGAAAUGUCACCUUGUCCUAUUGAUAAAUAGUUAAACACUGAGGUGUACUAAGUCUACACAAAACACAGACCUUAUUUGAAGUGGAUCUAAAAAUCCCCAAUGGAAGAAAUGAAUGGUGAAACAACACAAAGACUUGCUUUUGGAGUUUUGCCACACGGUUUUAUGGGUUUUAUGUCCUGUGCAUGCCCUACACACAUAUAUCAAACAAACUCCAGGGUUCUCGUUGCAGGGAGCUUGGCUUCACCUUACACAAGGGUGAGGUAAUAAUGCCUCGAUGUCGCAGCUUUCAGUCUUGCGCACGGCGUGCUGUCCAUUGCAGCAGGGUUUGAGAGAACAGGUAUCCACCAUUUUCCAUGUUGCCCUAAGGGUGUGUUCAUCUGGGGUGUGUUUAUCUGCUCCCUUUGGAUAGGCUGGCUUGGAAUGGGACAUUUAAUGCUCUGCCUCUACGGCUUAGGGGCAGGAUUGUAUUUCACAUGUUAUUGGCCUUAAAAGGUAUGAUCCAAUUUAAGUUGCACUUGAAAAUGCAUCCCCAUAAUGUGUCAUACCUUGUACCCUUCUUUCGGGAACCAGGGUUAUGUUAUUCACCUUAAGUUAUUGUAAAGACGACAACAUUGAAUGUUUGCUUCAACUUGGCUGUGCAUGAGAAGCGUUCUACUACAAUAGGAAUCCCAUUUUCGGUAACUUGAUUCACUUGAUUCACUAACCCAAUAUCUCAAAUAAGUGUUUAGGUAACAAUAACACCAUUGCUAUGUUGAAAUUGCCAUCAUUUAAAAAACUUGCUUCAGGGGCACAUAUAACAGUAUCCAAAUCAUUAUGCAUGCAUCCAGGCUAUUCCAAGCAAUGUCCAGAUUAUUCUGACAAUUUGAAAUAUGAAUCCCAUUAUGACAUGGCAUUGGUCUGAAAUCAGAUUUCUCAACACCUUUUGGAAACUGGGAACUGGUGUAUCUUCAGCAUCAGAUUUUAAUAUUAUUACAUUCGAUGUUACAAAAGUCGAUGUGCCAUAACUCCAUGAUCAACUGAGAUGCAUACAAAACAAAUCGUUUGGUGGGAUCAACUGCAAACACAGAGAGUAUAUAUAAGGUCAGAUAAAAAUGGGUGAACUUCCCCUUCGAUUUAUUUGUGCCAUAGGUGUGGGAAAUUCAACUUUAAAUGCCAUUUUCACCUGUUUGUGUCACCUUAUGUGUCUGUACCAAGGGUAUGUAAACAUAUGAUUAGGGCCAUUUUGGUGAUUUCUGUUAUCAAUAUGAUUUAAAAAUGGAGCCAAACAACUAUGUGAUAUUAAAUGGCUUCAUAAGAUCACCAUUCUUAAAUAACUUGAACAGACAUAUUUUCAAAAUCAAUGCCAUAAUUUCACAAUUUCUGCCAGGGUAUCCAAA